UGUACAAUGCCUUUCAAUUAUAUACUCUAUUCCGGUAGCGAACACAUGAUUGCAAUCGAUAUACCAUCAGAUGUUAAGACAGUCAAACAUCUCAAACGUUUCCUACAGACUAAUAGUCUGUACAAUGAAAACACCGACACUAUUGCCAUAUCAUCUAAUUCUCAAUCAUCCAGUCUGAGUGAAGAGUCGGACCGAAAGUGUCGUGAAUUGUGUGAAGAGAUGUCGGCUCUGAAGGCAAGCAAUGAGUCCGAAGUGAAGGCAUUGAAAGCUCAGCUCAAUUUAGCCAUCGAUUCAAUGGUGACAAUGGCUCAAGAGAUCAUUGAUUUGAAACAACAAUUAUCAUCAUUGGGUGAUUUAAGUAAAAUAAUUACUUGUAUAAUAUACUGUAUAAUGCCUUUCAAUUACAUACUCUAUUCCGGUAGUGAACACAUGAUCGCAAUCGAUAUCCCAUCAGAUGUUAAGACAAUCAAACAUCUCAAACUAUUUCUACAGCUUAAUAAUCUAUUCAAUGAAAACACCGACACUAUUGCCAUAUCCUAUGAGUCUAAUGAACGUAAAACAUUUCAAUUGUAUCAUGAUCAUAAUCAGUUGGCUCGUAACUAUGAUUAUUACAUAUGCAUUAACUCCACAUCUACUACUCAAUCAUCCAGUCUGAGUGAAGAGUCGGACCGAAAGUGUCGUGAAUUGUGUGAAGAGAUGUCGGCUCUGAAGGCAAGCAAUGAGUCCGAAGUGAAGGCAUUAAAGGCGAGCAAUAAGUCUGAAGUGAAGGCAUUGAAAGUAAAGCUCAAGAAAGCCAUUCAUUCAAUGGAGACAAUGGCUAAAGAGAUGAUUAAUUUGAAGCAACAAUUGUCAGCAUUGGGUUCUUCGGGCACUAAUAGCGGAAUGAGUGGACACAACAAACGGGACUCAUCGGGAAAGCCGAGACCUCUGUCAUCGCGUUCAGACAACUCCGCUCUAGACUACCAAACAAUACCACUUGAACCCAAUGACUUGGUUUGGGCCAAAUGUCCCGGUUAUCCCUGGUAUCCGGCGCUGAUUGUCGACCCGGACCUAUCCCGUGGCCAUACCCAUGGAGACAAUGGGCCACCCGUUCCGCCCGACGAUGUGCUGGCGAUGGCCAACAAAGAGGACAAACAUAAUGAAUAUUUAGUCUCGCAAUGGUUACCCCGUGAUCAGUUGAAGCCAUUGGGUAGUGAGGCCAAUAUUGAUGAGCAAAAGUUGAUUGAGUCCCGUAAGCCGUGUGAUAGGCGAGCGGUCAAUACAGCCUACACUAAAGCCCUCGAUAUACACGUGUUAUACGUAACUAUACUUGCGGUCAGUGUGUGUGUGAGUGGUGUUGAGGUAACACAUGAUAAAAAUGGCGAUACUGUGAGCGUACGGAUCGGCAACGGAGUGAUCGAUGGGCGCCGGGAGUCAUACGAGGGCCGGGAUCUGGACGUAUAUCUGGGCGUACCGUACGCUCAGCCACCGGUCGGACCCCUGAGAUUCAAAAAGCCUUUACCUGUAGUGGACAAGUGGACGGAGCCGUUGGAUGCACAGCACUGGUCGCCCGCCUGUUAUCAAGUAAAAGUGCAUAAUGACUACUUUAAUGCUAAUAUGAGUGAAGAUUGCCUAUACCUAAACAUCUGGUCGCCGGCCGUCAACCCUUCGGCACCGGACACACUCCGACCGGUGAUGUUUUGGAUACACGGCGGGGGACUCGUGUGGGGAUCGGCCGUUGAAAAGUUUUAUAGCGGACACGUGUUGUCAGCACUCGGCGAUGUAGUUGUGGUUACAAUAAACUAUCGACUGAACGUAUUUGGUUCGCUGUAUACGGGAGCGGAGGGCACAGCACCGGGCAAUCAGGCCCUAUGGGAUCAGGCGCUGGCACUGGAGUGGGUCAGCGAUAAUAUCAAAUACUUUGGCGGCGAUCCCGAUAUGGUUACGGUGUUUGGCGAGAGCGCCGGCGCUAUAUCAACGGCUCUGCACACACUUUCACCGGUCAGUCGACAUCUAUUUAAGCGGGCGAUUGUGAUGUCCGGAACGCCGCUUAACAGCCGUUUAAUACCUGAUAGAGACCUGUUGGAGGCCCAGUGGGUUAGGGCUGCCGUUAAGCUCGGUUGCGAAGCCGAGAGCACCGGUAAGUUUACCCCUAAACUUGUCGACUGCCUAUUGGCAAAGCCUACCGACCAAUUGGUGACCCUUCAGAGCCUGUUGGCUGAUCCGGAGGACAGCGUUAUGAACAUCAUAGCGGACGGACAGCUCCUACCGGCGGCGCCGGACGUAAUGCUCCGCAACGGAGACUUCAAGAGAGGGCUAAACUUAAUGAUUGGCACCACCGAAGACGAGGGCUCUUUUUUCCUACCGAUGUUAGCGCCGGACAGGUAUGACAUGUGGGCACCCAAACCGUUAGCAUAUGAUGAAUUGGUGGCUGAUUUUAAACAAUUUAUGCCUGUGAUCACACCGGGUGGAUUGCCCGAUAACGCUGAUGAUAUCGUUAAGUUUUACCUGAAUGGUCUGUCCGGCACUGAUAGCCUACGUAAACAAGUGGGUGUAGCCCUGGGCGACGUUGCCAUUGGUUGUCCCACUAUAUUGUAUGCGAAGGCCGUACACUCGGCUGACCCGACGGCCCGCGUCUAUCAGUACUACUAUAACACCAAAUCGGGUGAUGAGAAAAUGCUGUGCUCUAAAUGGAUGGGUGUCUGUCAUUUCAAUGACAUUUAUCCAGUGUUUGGUUUACCACUAAUUGAUGAGCACCGGUAUGUUGAGAGGGAACGGGAGAUCUCCCGACAAAUGAUAGACAUAUUGAGUACAUUUGCUCGCACUGGGAGUCCGCCGGCGCAGAGCGGCGCUCAAUGGGAGCCAUACUAUUCAAUAGACGGCCAGACAAUCGGCCCGUACUAUGAGUUCACUAAUGAGCCCAAAGUUGGCACUAAUUUUGGUCAAAAUCUCAAACAUAUUGAGUGCGAAUUAACGAUUAUAUCAAACCUCGUGUAUGAACUCAAUUGUUGUCUCAAAGCAUUCAUCUCUUCAGUCAUUGUCUGCAUUGAAUCCAAUGCUGUGUUGAGCUGUGCUUUCAAUGCCUUCACUUCGGACUCAUUGCUUGCCUUCAGAGCCGACAUCUCUUCACACAAUUCACGACACUUUCGGUCCGACUCUUCACUCAGACUAUAG